AUGGCCUCGCCCCGCGACACCGGGCAGUACGGCAACCUUUGGCUCCCGCUGCUGCCCUUCGACACUCACACGCCAGCACGCAGCAGCCGCAGUCACAGCCCCUUCCCGUCAUGGGGCGACCUCACAGCCGCGCAGUCCCGCUACCCCAGGAGUGUGCGGCUGCCGAGCUACUCCCCUCCGCGAUCCCGGGCACGACGGGACGACAGCAUCAGCCCGCCACCACCCUACCGCAGCCGCAGCCGCAGCCAGAGCCACAGCCCGCGCUCCUCUUCCUCUUUCCCCCCGGGAACGGGGAGGCGGCUCACGAGUCAAAGCGAGCCACGCUACAACCCAGACUCCUACUCGUACGACCACCACCACCACCACGACCACCACCAACCCAGCUACUACUCCUACUCGCCCCGGUCCUCCUCUUUAUCGUCCUCCGCCACCACCACGCGCGGCGACUACCCCUACCCCUACUCCGGCUCCGGCACGGCCUACUCCUCCUCCUACUCGUCCUAUUCCCCGCGGUCGUCGUCGUCCCUCUCGCUUGGCCGAGGCGCGCCGCUUUCCGCCGGGUGGUAUGCCAGGGAUAACGAGCCUGCCUGGGUUCCUGUGGGCGGCAGUGCUUCGUCACGCAGUCGUGAUGACAGCGGUAGCAAUGUUGCUGUUGUUGGUACCGGCCGGCCCGGGCUGAGUCUGGAUUGGCUGAGGGAGGUCUCGGGGUUCUAUGACCGGCUAGCCGAGGCGCGGGAGGAGGCGGCUCGGAGGGGGCGGCCGGUUGGUGUAGGUUCGUCCGGGGGUAGUGGGUGGCGAUGGUGGUCGGGGAGGGGGGCAUAGUGGUAAGGAAGGUUGAGGGCUUGAGUUCGUUCUUGGCUUCAGAUACUUUGCUUUUUGCGCCUUGAGCUGUAUGGUCGGUUAGGUUACUCUCUCCGCCUUUCUUGUAUCGGAUCAGCGAGAAGGCGGGAAUGCAUCGUAAGACGGCGAGUGCGGUAGACUUACUAAACUGUCAUUACCGCUACGUCACAUAUCGUUUUCCAUGAACGCCUCCUUCAUACCCGAAACAUAAUUUUACACCAAGUUCAGUACCUGUUCAAAGUCGAUCAUCCGGUCUUUUCCC